AUGAUGGACGAUACCGACCGCAGUUUUUUGGUUGCUGAGGAGAAUAUUGCCGAAUAUGAAGGCUAUUUAUUUGAGCCAGAAUAUUCUCCCGAUGAAAUAAGGCAACGGAGGGAACAACAGCAGGCAGCUCUGGCUAGUAGCGCCAUCGUUGCGUCUGAACGUUCUCGAGCUGACAGCAGUUGGUGGUGCUCCUGUCAACAUUGCCCACAACAACGAACAGAAGUGGAGUCACUUUGUUGUCAGGAAUGGAACCGCGGUCAGUUUUUGCUGAGAGAGGCAGAGGAGAUGGAAGACGGAUCCGAGCUGUCCUGCCUAAACCAACACAGCAGCUUUCAAGCUCAUCUGGACAGAGGGGUCCUGGAAACGUUUUUCCACUUGGAGAGAAUUAAUUGGAGGAAACAGAGAAGAUCACAGGGCCCAGGAGGACAACUGUCAAAUAGACAAUUGCGUUUGGUUGGCUAUCGAAUAAUUCUGGAAUGGGUGCUAAGAGGCGAGCGUUUGGGGAGACACAACCGAGCAGUUCUCCCCGCCUGCGUCGUGGAUGCUGUAAGGCAACGGUAUCCGUCCCCUGACGGCCAAUACACUGGUUUCCUCGAAGUGAGAGAGGCAGCAGAAGGAAUCGAGUAGACUAAGUUACUGCUCAACAAAUGUAAAUAUUUUUUGGGUGCUGUUAAUAAAAAUGUAUUUUGUUUUUGGA